CUGGCCUUUCUCGGGACGCGACGCGGCGACAUGCGACGGGAGAAGAAGGCGCCGUCAGUGACACAGAGAGAGAGAAUCACACAGAAUCCAUGCCGAUGCAACGACUCGGAAGAGUUGCGGCGAAGGAAUGAAGAAAUGGACCAGCUAUUGAUUGCUAACCGACAGCUAGCGAUGGCCUUGAACACUGCCAAAAGCGAUCUUGCAGCAGCAAAGAAGAAGUGCGCUCGAGCCGAUAUUCUGUUUAUGCAGCAUCAUGUGCAACAAGCCAGAGAAUCGGUACAAGAUGUGCAUCCGGCUUACCAGGACGCGUCCGUGCAAUGCGAUUUUGCAGGCGAUGCUUCGAACGUCGCACGGGGGGGCAUGUCGUCACGAGGAAUCGAUCACCGCGCACAAGCAUCAUCCGGCAAGUCAGCACCACCUCCUCCGCUAUGUCGACACGGAAGGUUAUUUCUGAACCAUCACGCUCCGAAAAAGCGUUUGUCGACUGCCAGCACAACCUUCGAACUCGUUGUGACAAAGAGUGCUCUACGAGAACACAAGACUGUGGUGUACAAAGAACCCAAUUCAAAAACGAAGCUUCGCCAAUCAUUACCAGGCUGUGCAAACUCGAUGCACUCUGUCCAGCAGACCCCUCCACGCAAACGAACGCUCGACGGCAAAGAAAACCAGCCUCCACCUUGGCAAACGCCACCCGCGACUACACAUCCCACCAAAACUCGAAACGAUCAACUAAGCACUGAGCUGGCGGACCUGUUGAACGCGUGCGAUGAGGAGGAAAGCUCAUCCCAGCCUUGUCUCGCAACGAUUUACAACUCGACGAAAGCGAUCAAGACGUUGCGUCCGUCCAUUAGUGGCCUGUCCUCCGAACCAACUCCAAAGAAGCAUCGCAUCACACGCCGCGGCACGACUAUUCCAGAGUACAAAGAAGUCAGCUUAAAUCGAAAGAUGCGGCAGGGCGACCGGUACACGUUCCACACGUAUUUCAAGUACUGAAAGGCACACGCAACUCUCAAGUGGAUUAUAUCUGUCGAUCAUGCUUACGUCGCUUUCAUCCGUUGAUUGCGCGGAAGGUACGACAGGCUGGUUGGCUCUGUAAACGCGUCAAUGUAUUUGUCCUGGAGCACUCGCUUGGCCUUGCGCGCAAACUCCUUUUGUUGUCGUUGGAUGACACGCCCGUCUGGCAACCGGACCAAGAUCGUGUUGUUGGGGACCACCGUGUGUGGAGCCACGACGACGGCGGUGCCAAUGACGCAGUCGUCUCCGAUCACGACUCCGACGCCCACCUCGCAUUUGGGCUCAAACCAAUUAUUGUUUCCGAUCGAUUUCGCUUUGACGAUGGACCCGCAUUCAAACAAGUUGUUGUCUCCGACCGUCAUGGAGUCGGACGUGGCAAGCGACAUCGACAACUCCGACAUGUCGUCCAGAAUGUUCCUCUCGCCGAUUGUGAUGCACACUUGUGGUGACGAAGAGGGUGGGGCGUCAAGGACAACGACACUACUCUUCGGAUGCAGAACGCUCUUCGCCCCGAUGCGCACCCUUGUCAGAUCCACCGUCGCUUCGUCGCAGAUGAACAUCAUCAUGCGCUGGGAUCCCUGUGUCGAUGAAGACGCUUGAUUUUUGAAUUUGAUUGGUUGAAAUCAUGUCGAACCGAUCUCUUAUUGGCUGAAUUUCG